AUGGGCAACGAGUGCUUCUUGUCCUUCAUCACGACACACUUGUCCGAGGCCGAGCAGAAACUUGCCCUGUACAGACUCCAAAUUGUUGAACCACCAAAACUGCCUUUGGAAAAAAUACCCAACCCUGAUAAAGAUGGUCCAGACAUUAAGCCCAAUCUGUGGAUGUGGGUGGACCCGAACAUCGUGUAUCCACCCGGCAAGCUGGAGGUCGCAGUGAAAAACGAAGACCAGAGUGCGCCGCCUGCCUGCCAGCCAGCCCUGAAAGAGGAAGAAGAAGUCAGCUGUUCAGAAGCUUCGGGCGUGCAGCAGCCAUUGCCUCCUCGCAGGCAGAAGAGGAAGAAGAAGGAGAAGCACAUGGCCUCUUCCCCUAGCACCUGGGAGGAGCCUACAGAAGAGGAGGAGGCCAAGGACCAUGACGACAGCUCCUCUGUGGCUCUCCCAUCCCUUCCCACAAGGGCCCCACUCGAGAGUCCGUGGAGGCUUCCGCAAGCCAUCAGCCCAGAGGGGAGGCUCUGGUCCCGACCCCCUCUCCAUUACUUCCAUCUGAUUGCCUUGGCCCUCAAAAACAGUCCCCCCUGUGGCCUCAAUGUACAGCAGAUCUACAGCUUCACUCGAGAGCACUUUCCUUUUUUCCGGACAGCUCCGGAGGCCUGGAAGAACACAGUCCGUCACAAUCUCUGUUUCCGAGACAGCUUUGAGAAAGUGCCCGCCAGUCAGCAGGGCGACGAGGCCAGCACUCGGCCUCGAUCCUGCCUCUGGAAGUUGACUGAGGAGGGACACCGCCGCUUUUCUGAGGAGGCCCGCACCUUGGCUUCCACUCAGCUGCAAAGUAUCCAACAGUGCAUGAGCCAGCCAGAUGUGAUGCCCUUCCUCUUUGACCUUCAGGAUGAAUCAGCCAUGCCCUAUUAA